CCGCUAAUCCCCACGUGCCCCCUCCCCGCCCCGUCCCGCCGCGCUGCGGGAGCCGCGGGGCUCUCCGCGCCGUUUCUGUGUGCCUGCCCCACGAGCAGGGCGGCCCGAGGCCAUGGAGCGCGCGUUCACGCCGCUGGACUGCCUCCUGCCCGCCGGAAACCUGAAGUUUUGCCUUCUGAUUCUGAACCAGCCUUUCAACAAAGGUCAUUUUCAUUGUCUGUGGAGCAAAGCUGCACUGAGAGCUUGUGCUGAUGGAGGUGCCAAUCGUCUCUAUCACAUCACAGAGGGAAGCCGGGACAGCUUCUUGCCUGAUUACAUCAGUGGUGAUUUUGAUUCCAUUCAGCCUGAAGUCAAGAAGUACUACAAGGUCAAGGGAUGUGAGUUAAUUGAGACCAUGGAUCAGGACCUCACAGAUUUCACCAAGUGCCUGCAGAUACUCCAGAAGAAGAUAGAGAAGAACAGCCUCCAGAUCGAUGUGAUUGUGACUUUGGGCGGACUUGGUGGACGCUUUGACCAAACAAUGGCAUCAGUGGAAACACUUUUUCAUGCAACAAAUAUCACUCCUUUUCCAGUGAUAGUUAUCCAGGAGUGCUCACUGAUUUACCUGCUUCAACCUGGCAAGCACAAGUUGCAUGUGGACACGGGACUGGAAGGCGCCUGGUGUGGCCUCAUCCCCAUUGGGAAUUCCUGCGAGAGCGUGACCACGACAGGCCUCAGGUGGAACCUCACUAACCAGGUGCUGAAGUUUGGAACGCUGGUCAGUACUUCCAACACGUAUGAUGACUCGGGGAUUGUGACCAUUGAGACGGACAAGCCUUUGCUAUGGACAAUGGCUAUCAAAAGAUAAGAUCAGGUGCUGGUGAAGAUUUCUCAAGAAGAGCAGUAAUUGAACUUUUCUACUUAUGAAGCAAGUUUGUGUACUGAAGAAGCUUCAGUUUUGCUGUAAUACCAAUAUCAGAUCUCCCGGUAUAAAGUGCUUUUAAAGUCUGUAAUGGAAGUAGCACUGUAACUAACUUCUGCAAACACCAAAUGCUUACAAUAAGCUUUCUGGAAUGAAAUAUAAAUUGCUUAAUCUCAAUCUGAGGAGGAAGAGCAUUGCAUCUACCAGAGUUUUUACAGGCUUAGUUUUUAAAAUCAAAAUAUUCAGUCAUUUACUAACGGAAACUUCCAGGUCAACAAAAACAGAGCCCUUUAUAAUUCUGUGUGCAGUUGUCUUAGAGAACCACUAUCCAAAAUGGGUGUAUAUCCUAUCCAACAGUGUAAGCAAGUUGUUGAUUCGCUGAAGGACUUCUUAGUAUCUCUGACAACUAUAUUAACCUCAAACUGUAUAUCUUAGUAAUCAGCUAAGUUUGGCUUUCUUAAUUAUGCCAUCAGAGUAAGGACUGGCAAUGCAAGUUCUUUAUUUGAUGGAGGUUUUUUUCCAGUCAAGUACAUAGUAUAACGUAACAGGACUUCCAAAUGCAGAAAGGAAUUACAGGUAAUGAUGGUGAUUCCAGAAAUUAGUGACAAGAAUUCCAGUUGAUAGAUUUUUCAAUCACCACUCGAGAGGAUACAGUAAUGCUGUUUCCUUGCUGUCUACUUUAGCUGGAACAAUGCCGUUUACUAAGCAGUAAAUUAAGCAUUGGAAUAGCUUCUGAAGAGAGGCUGUACAGUUGUCACCCUUGGAAGUUUUCAAUACCUGACUGGACAAAGCCUUAAGCAACCAUGUCAGAAUGCAACACUGACCCAACUUUGAGCAGGAGGUUGGACUAGAGACCUCCCAAGGUUCCUUCCUACCUGAAUGACUCUGUUAUGGUUUAAAGAAGUAACAAAACAAACAAAACAAAUAAAACACUCUACUACUACUAAAAAAAAAGCCUGUAAUGUAGACAGGUAUGAUCACAUACACUUUAAAAGAGGAAUAAGAUGACAAGAAUGUUUGAAAACCCAAACUGAGCUCGUUUAAUAGCAAACAAGUUAAAGCUGUGAAAUCUUUGCAGCAAGUGUCACAACACCUUGUUCUUCAUGAUGAAUAUUCAGCCGCCUCUGUUGAGAGAACAAAGUAAUCAGUUUCAACGAAUCAAGUGUGAUCAAGCAAUCCCAUCUGAAGUCUAAUUUAUCCUCCCACCAUUGCCUUGUUAGGACAAACAUUACUACCGUUACAGCUUAUCUACUAUUUUCAAACAUUUCUCCUUGCCUAGACCACAACUCUUACAGGUAUAAGCAAGCCACAUGUCACAGUCACAGAAUAGUAUUUAACUUGUUCCAGUGCUAGAAAAGGGAUUACAUCAGCUCUGGAGAAUCUCAGGAGUUUUAAUUGGUAGUGUUAAUAUGUCAGUUCCACCACUGCCAGUCAACUUAAGGGUCAACUUUUUCAUGCUGCAACGUUCAUUCUAAAAGGUAUUUUACAGAAUGCAGUUACAAGUAAAACAAAGUUUCAAACAUAUCUAGCACUCAGUAAAUGAAACAAGACCAACUUUGGUCUGUGCCCUGUCACCUUCCAGCACAAUCACUCAGUUUUCUCUACCUUACCAUCCAUGCAUUUACUUUGGAUACCCAAAUUAUAAACUGGAAAUAGUAAGAGUAUGUAAGAUCCAAAUAAAGUAAAUGUUCUAUGAUCAAACACACACUGUGGAACUGGAACACAAAACAUUUAAUGUUCAGUUUUGAAGCAGAAUACUUGAAAAAAACCUGAAGAACUAUGGAUCUAGUAUUUUGCAGCAUGCUAAAUUAACAACUGCUUCCUGAUCAAGUCCUUUGAAUCAAGUAAUACCUGUCAUAUUACACUACCAUGUGAAAUGCAGAGAUCCUAAAGCAACAUGGAUCCUGUAGGGCUCACUAACAUCCUCUGUUUAAAACUGAACAGGUAAAAACGAAUGUCAAAUUUAGUGAAAUUAAAGGUCAUAUUUACUUACACAAUGAUAUUGUUGAUUGGGAUAUGGAUCAAUUUGACAAAGAAACCAAUAAAUCCCAUUAUCGCAAAGCCUA